AAUCCCACUUUCUCCAUUGACCGCCUUUCUUAAUCAUCGAUUCAUGAGUUCCAGUUCGAAUACAACUAUUCCGGAUAUUGCCUUGCUAUCACCCUACAACUAUGUUCCGACCGAAUGGAUAUGCAUUCUCAUUCUCGUGCUCUUCAUAAUCUCUACGUGCGCGCAUGCCGUCGAAGCCACCAUAUUUCGAAUCUGGUGGCUUUUCCCCACCGCGGUGCUUUCUGGUAUCAUGGAGAUCUUAGGCUGGAGUGGGCGAGUGUGGUCAAGUCGGAACCCGAUCCUGCAAGACCCUUUUCUGAUGCAGAUAUGCAUGACAAUCAUUGGUCCUACACCGCUGCUGGCAGCAAACUUCGUUCUCUUGGGCCAGAUCAUUCCGAUACUUGGGUCUCAGUACAGUCGCCUGACCGCUAAAACGUAUACAAUUGUCUUCUGCACAUGCGAUGUGACUGCACUUGUCAUACAAGCAGCGGGUGGAGGGAUAGCGGCAUCGGCGACUGACGAACAGGGGACGAAAUUGGGCGCCAAUAUUAUGCUAGCCGGCAUUGCCAUUCAACUAGUCGCGAUCGUGAUCUACAUGGCCCUUGCAACCGAGAUACUCGUUCGCUACAGUCUGAAGUCUCCAGUCCGCGAUCCUGCCGGUGCCAGUCCUUGGGCAUCGACAUCAGUCGAUGCCAUGGACACCAGACUCAAACUGAUGGUCUCUGGACUAGGCAUGAUAACGAUCUUCCUCCUAAUUCGCUCAAUAUACCGCUUGAUCGAGCUGAGCGACGGCUGGAACGGGCGCAUCAUUUCAACACAAGUCUACUUCAACGUCCUGGACGGAGGGAUGGUCAUUUUGGCAACAUACACUCUCAACUUUUUCCAUCCCGGAUUCUUACUGCGGCCAGAGCACAAAGGGCACGAGUACACAUCAGAGACGACGCUGCCGCUGGAAAAGCGGCAUGGUGAUAGUACUCCGAAGGUUAUUGCAUAGAGUAUUAUUUGCUAAUACACGGACUUCUUUGAUGAGGGAGGGUAAUAAGGAGCGUGCGAGGACUGUCAAUGAACGUGACACUGACGAUACAACUACUUACUACUCCCCUAUCUGAAACACUGUCGACUAGUAUAAUUUAUGUGAGGUUAAUAGUUCUCUAAGCCC